AGUCCAUUGGACUGGACAUCUCCAUUAGGUCCAAAGUCCAAUAGUCCAUUAUUGGGAAUUGGACAAGAUCCAGUCCCUCAUUUUCACAUACCAAAUGAGAUCACUUCUUCUAAUACCAAACACCGUGAAUGCUUAUUUAUAAAAGAUGGCUCAUUUACGAAUAGAAAUAAAUUGACGGAGCUUUGA